AUGAGCCUUCGCAAUCCAUUUUCAGAUGAAGCCAAUUUGGACAAAUAUGCCAUUCUGAGAUGGACAGGGACUGAUUAUAUCAUAAACACUCGUUUGCCCAAAGGGGGCAUGUAUGCUUUGAAGCUUUAUGCCAAAAACUUAACUUCCACGAAGGAGGAACAUUCAAAUGUGUUGAAUUAUCUCAUCAAGUGCUAUGGUAGGGGUAUGAAGAAUGACCCAUUCCCAAACAUUAGCACUGGGAACAUAGGUGCUAAUCCAGCGUGCAAAGAAUUAGGCAUUACAUGUAAUGGAUACGAAGAUGGAAUGAUAUUCGCCGAAAAUGGAUUCGCUCAAGUUGAGUUUGAGAACCGAGGGGACGUAGAUUUAUCAUGCGAGUUACAUACAAAUGUUCAAACGCAAGCCGAUAGGAUGCGUGUGACCCAGAAGAACGGAAAUAACAAAAACUGGUUCUAUUUGGAUUUACCAGCUGAAGGUGAAUAUUCUAUGAAUGUAUAUGCACACAAAAAAGGGCAUGAUUUUACGGACUUGCAUAACAUACACGCCUUUCUAGUCCAGUCAACUGGUAGACCAGUACAAGAGGGCACUGUAGGAAGAGUGAAAAACAGCAAUUUCUGGAAAGGUACAACACCAAUUAUAGCCGAAACAAUUUAUACCAAGAAAGCUGAGAUCGCAGUACCUGUGCCCACAGGUAUAGAGAACGUGAUAGCCUUUCUCGAACAAAAAGAAAAAGAUGGCGCUCCAAGCAGGAAGAACGUGGAAAUGGCAACGGAACUCGGGAUUACAAUAUUUAAGGUAAAACUGCCGAAACACGGUGAAUACACUUUGCACAUUUAUCAACAAGCUGAAAAAGUAUAUCUUAAGAACAUCGGUAGGUACUACAUAUUCCGAUCCAGUUCUGUCGACGUAGUAGAGGAUGAUUUGAUUACCAUCAUGGAUGCCAUCAGGGAGGAAAGAUUGAGGGUCGGUCAGGAUGUAUCCGCCAUUGACGCCACAAAUAGAGCACUACGAGCAAGAAAGAAGAGGAACGUCCCUGUUGACGAGAAGAUUGCCUGUGCACAGAAAUUGUUUCUGUCGCUUGAGUCGAAUGACCCUAACGUCAUUAGAAAGGCUUUAGAAGAAAUGCUGUUGACACAACCAGAUUCGGGGAAUACGUUGGUAAAAAAAGCCAAGAAACUCCUUAGAUACAAAGAAGCUAAAAAAGAGCUCAACCACGCGUAUAAGACGAGGAAUCUUGCGGAACUGGAAAAAGCAAUAGUUAAAGCGAAAUCCGCCAAUACAGACAAAUCUCUGGACAUGCCAUUGUUACUAGCGAGACGUCUACGAGACCGUCUUCGUGUGCUGCAAAGACUGAGCGAAGGUGUUCGCCAGGCGGAUCACAAGACAGUGGGAGAAAUCAAAACAUACGACAGUCCACCUAUCGGUGUCCAUGAUGCUGUGAGGGCAGCUCUGCUUCUGCUAGGGCAUCCGCUGUCACAGACAGAAAAAUGGAAGCAAUGCAAAACUAUCCUGCAUCAAUCUGAAAAUGAAAACCUCGCACAAAUAAUGGCAAAUUUUGAGCCAAAAGACGUAUCUAUAGUAACCGCUAUAGAAGCAAAAAUGCUUCUUGGAUCCUACAGCGAAGGAAAAAUGAGGGAAAUCAGCCCGGGAGCAACGGGAGUAUUUAUAUGGGUGAACUCCAUGAUUAAAGAGAUUGAGGCGUCAGUUGGAACUCUUAAAGAGAAGAAACCUAAACCGAAGCGACCAGUCGUUAUAAAGCCAAUCCACACCAAACCAAAAAAAAAGUACGUAACUAUUACUAUGGAUAUGCUGAAACAGCGUCCUCCGCUCACUACAGAAGAACUGGUUGACCUAGAAGCAAGAACAUACAAGAAUGCAUACCGAAGAAAGAAACUUAAGGGUAUGUUAAUCCCAGUAGGACAUCCUGACCGUGGUAGGAACAGUGGUUACAUGGUAAUAUCGGACCCACCUAUGAUCAAACCCACUGCAUCGGUCAAAGCAGAGAAGAGGAAGAAAAAUGUUUUACCGGUGAAUGUGAAAGGCAAGAAGCGGACGAUAGCUUCUUCAGACAGACUCGGACAGAAUGCAGAUGUGGAUGACGAAACCUUGAAGAAAAAUGACAGGAAAGGCAGACAAAAGGCUGAUGAAAGAUACGAUGAUAUUGUUGAUACGUCGUUGAAAAGUCAAUACUCGGAACCAGAUUCUCAUGACUUCCAGAAAAUCGAGGUGAAGGAGCACCACAGCACAGAUGCUCAAUACACACCUGAUUCGGAGGCUAACGGAAACAGUCUGCCACAUAGUAACGUUUCAUACAACAGCAUACCAAAUAACAGUGUGUUACAUCCGGACCAACACACUCAACAAGCCAAGAAGAUGAAUCAAUCCAAGAAACACCAGUUAAGGAAGUCCUACAGCGAGCCGCGCGUCACUAAGCCGGGCAAUAUCAUAGAUCGCCACUCUUACUUGGGGAUUUAUACUCGGCAGACGCAGAGUGAAAUUCCAAUCAAACCAAUGAAAGUCGACCCCAAACUUGUCAACUUUAGAGGGGUCUCCAGCUAUGCUGAUAAAUAUGAACUACAAAAAUCGUAUUACGAAGCUGUCAAAGUAAGUGGAAGUUCAAAAUAA